UUUAGGUGGAGGCCAAAAUAGAGAAGAAGUACUUUUAUUUAAUCCUAAACCAGCUUACUGUACGGCGUAUGGGGUUAUUCGAAAAAAAUAUCAAAAUAAAACUUAUUUUUUCUGUGAAGCAAACUUAAUAUAUUAGGACAAAGAUGACUACACCUGCAAAUAAGCUUAAACCCGAUUGGGAACUAGGACUUCUAAAAAGUAUGAGAAAUCCCAAAGCUAUAGUAGCUACGGACGCCUGGGUAACUGUGAUAAAAGAUGCUUAUCCAAAAGCAGAAAAACAUUAUUUGAUUCUUCCUAAAGCAUAUAUUAGAGAUUUAAAAGCACUAAAUUCGACACAUCUCCCAAUACUGAGACAUAUGGAAAAAGUAGCUAAAUAUAUAAUAGAUAUAGAAGAUAAAUCGCGUACUUUUAUGUUGGGAUAUCAUGCGGAACCAUCGAUAAAGCAAUUACAUAUGCACAUUAUCAGCAACGAUUUAAAUUCAGAGUUUUUGAAAACAAAACGUCAUUGGAAUUCUUUUACGACCGAUUUCUUUCUCAAACCAGAAGAUGUGGCUUAUAGCAUAGAAACGAAAGGUUAUGUUUCAAUUUUAACACAAGAACAAUGUGAGCAAUAUUUAAAAGCACCAUUAGUAUGUCAUAAAUGCACGUACUACCCAAAAGACAUGCCAGAUUUAAAGAGACAUAUUUUAAUACAUAAAUAAAACCAUGAGUGAAUUGAUAUAUAAUUUCAUUUAGUAUUAUAAUAAAGAAUGAUUUCCAAAAGUAUUUAGAAUGUUUGUCUGUUGAUAUGUAUCAAAAGAAUCAUACUUAACGGUCAAAACAAAGUUUCCACUUUUAUAUACUUACCAUUAAUACAAUUUUUUGUUAACUUAAAACUGAAUAAAAAGUACAAAAUAAACAAGAAUGACUGAAACGUGAAGCAAACAAACCCAUAACCAACGCAUUAAACACUUCUUUGUAAUUGGCAGAUUUGUUUAAAAUAAUAAUCAAUGAUGCCAACUUCACUCUUAAUUUCAGAAAAUUAAAUGAUAAGUUGGGGUAUUUUAGCUUAAUUUAGGGGAUUUUAAAAUUAACAAGGGGAAAAAUUGAUCGGUUGUCAUCACUAUUAGUAACUGGCCAAAGAAACAGGUAAAUUUAGCAGCCAACUUCACAGUAUUGGUUAUUCACAUGUCAUAUGGGUAUCAUUUUUUAUAAGCAUACCAAAAUAUUUUUGUUUAUAUUUAAAACCAUGAAAAUUACGUAUUAACAGACAUAAUAGUAUUUAUAUUUUUUUGUAUACUACUCUUAAAGUUCUGAACAAUUCUCUUCAGAUUAUGUUAUCUUUAUAAUUGAGGGUACAUUUCUACUGCAAUUCGCGUGGAAAAACAUCAGACAUGCUUGGCAUACAAGAAACAAUGUUAGCAUUUCUAAUGCUGACCCGGUCCACAGUAUAUAAUUGAUAUUAAAAACAGAGAGAACAACAUAAGGGGAAUAGUACUAUUGGAAGAGAGAGAAAGAAUAUCGGUCUACCACUCUUUUUCAAAACUUGUUAAUGUCCGCGUUUGCCGUUCCUACUACUCAAAAAUUCAACGUCGUGGCGAUACAAUAAGAAUAGAGCUCCCAUACCUUGCCCUCUCUAUAUUUAAUAUUAACUCUAUGAUCCAUACAGUUUGCAAGCUCCAAGAUAUUGCAUUUCGUGCCGUGCAUGACACAUGCGCGCUAGGUCGAAUUGUCAUAUAUUUCGUAUUUUGAUUUCAAAUAAUCUCAAGUGUUUCUGUGGAAUAAAUUCAUUGUUUAUAUUUGUAUCGAUCUUGAUUCAAAAGAUGAAUGCAUGUGCAAGCACUGUUCGCAAAAUUCAUUAGAAAUGUACCUAAAAGAAACCAAAUAUCCCCGAAUAAUGAUUGUGAGAGACUUGAUUCAUUAAUUUUUGGAUUGUUAACUUACUUUCUAUUAAUAUAAAGCUCAGUAUUCUUCAAAUCUUUCCUUUCAUUAUUUAUAAAAGUUGUAGUUUUUAAUAAUUUAUUUGAAUUCCAAUGUUGCUGUAUGUUGUUUCAUCUUGAUUUUAAUUGUAAGGACAUUUAUGCAUAUAUUUUAUAAUCUGUUGUAAAAUAUAGUUUUUAUACAAGUAUUCGUGUAUAUGUAGUAUAAUAUAAAAUAAAAUUAACAAUUUUAU